UGAAAGGCUCGGAGCGCUGGAGGAAGGGUGCCCGAGCCGCGGCGGGUGGGUCCGCGAGCAGGGAGGACCCGCGCCAAGGCGGGGGCGCGCCGCCGGGAGGAGGGGGCGUGGCUUAGGCGCCUUCGGCCGGGGGACCCCGGUGGCACUGUCGGCUCCCUCCUUCCUGGGGCGGGCGAGCCAGCCAUGCUCCUGUCCGGGGGCGACCCUCCGGCGCAGGAAUGGUUCAUGGUGCAGACCAAGUCGAAGCCCCGGGUGCAGCGGCAGCGGCUGCAAGUGCAGCGCAUCUUCAGGGUCAAGCUGAACGCUUUCCAGAGCCGCCCGGACACCCCCUACUUCUGGCUGCAGCUCGAGGGGCCCAGGGAGAACAUGGGCAGAGCCAAGGAGUAUCUGAAGGGCCUGUGCAGCCCGGAGCUGUGGAAGGAGGUCCGCUACCCGGCGGCCCUGCACUGCGCCUUCCUUGGGGCCCAGGGCCUCUUCUUGGACUGCCUGUGCUGGAGCACGCUGGCCUACCUGGUGCCUGGUCCGCCGGGCUCCCUGAUGGUGGGCGGGCUGACCGAGUCUUUCAUCAUGACCCAGAACUGGCUGGAGGAGCUGGUAGGGCGGCUGCGCUGGGGCCCUGCCCCUCUGCUCACCCCCCGGGGCAUCUGGGAAGCUGAGGUGACCCGGGCUUUUGGGGCUCUGGUCUGGAUCCGUGGUGACCAGUAUGCAGGGGACCUGCUGCAGCUGCCCGCAGCAGUCCAGGAACUGCUGCUGAGCCUGGUGCGGGAUGCUGCGGGCAAGGAGGACAUCAUCCAGUGGCUCGGCUGUAUUGGCACCUCCGACUCCCGCUCGGACCCCGAGCUCCUGAUCUGCCCAACCCACCAGCAGAAGGAAGGUCCAGCCAUGGUGUCCACGGGAGACGGUCCUGGGCCUUUUCUGGAGAUGGGGAGCCCAGAAAAUUCAAAGAGGUUAACCAGCCUAGGCGCCAUGGGGGCCCUCAUCCCAGGCAAGAACGCUCAGCUGGAGACAGCAAACCAGCUGGUACGGGUUGGUUCCAACAACCAAGGUGGUACGGACAGUGCUUGUGAGGAAGGGUCAGUACAAGCCAGCAGCAGCCAGGACCCUGCGGACCGCACACAAGCCUCGUCCCAGCAGCGGCAGGCCCGGAGGGGGGAAGACAAGCUCCCUCUCCAGCCUCCAGUAUCAGCCCUGAGUGUGUGCUCGCCCUGGAAGUCCUGGAUCCCGGCGCCAGCCUUCGGGCCCUUGUGGCCGGGGACUAUUGCUGCAACCUUCUGGAGGAUCAAUGAAUUGCAUUCUCUCCACCUGGCCUGGCUCCUGUCCCAGGCUUGCUUCAGUUUCCCUUUCUGGCAGAGGCCACUGGGCCCCAUUCAGUUCAAGCUGCCAGGGCAGAAUCCUUUGCCCUUAAAUCUGGGAUGGAAACAGAAGGAGCUGGUUCCUUUGCCCAGUGUGGAAAGCCCAGAUUGUAGACCAGAUGGGGGGCCAGGAGGAGAGACAGCCCUACAGAAUUGCCCAAGGCCAGAGACCCCUAAAAAAGUCAUGAGUUUAUUGGUGGUCUCAGGAGGCUCAGGGGUAACGGACAAGGCUAGCCCAGGACUUCCACAGAUAGGGCCACUUUUGACCUCUACACCCCAACUCCAAGCUGGAAGUGAGCCGGGGGAUCGAGGAAAUAUGCAGUGGGAUUGUAAGGAACCCGAAGAGAGGCCGUUUCCAGGGCCCUCCACAGGGCAAGGGGUGCCUACUGCUCAGGGGAGGCCCGCCACUCAAGGGGGGCUGACAGCUCCUUCAGGACCUGAACCUCAAACAGUGCCUGAAACUCUCAAAGUGCCCAUGGCUGCAGCAGUGCCCACAGCUCAAACCCCACCCACAAAUCCCGUGCUGCCUGAAGCCCCCAAAGUGCCUGAAACCCAGAUUAUGCCGGCAGUCCAUGAAGAACCUGCAGCCCCCAAAGUGCCUUUGGCUCCCACAAAGCCAGCAGCUCAAGUGGUGCCCACAGCACAAAAGGCAGCUGUGGGUGAACUGGCACCAGCAGCUCAAAUGGGGCCUGCAGCUCCCAAAACUCCCACAACUCAGAAAAGGCAUGCAGCAAAAACAUCACCUGCGGGUCCCCAAACACCCAGAGCCCAGACUGGGACUACAGCUAAAACAGGGUCUACAGCUCCCAAAACUUGCCGAGCUCUGAAAAUGCCUGCAGCUCAGAAGGCACCCACAGACCCAGGGCCAGCCCCGGAUGCAGCCAAAUUCCCAAGUGAGGGCCAGCCUUCGUCGAGGGGCAGUGCUUCCUUCCUGAAGGGCCAGGGGGAAGCUGGAAGGCAGGGGCCCCAGUCCAGCGGCACUUUGGCUCCCAGUAGUAAGCGCCAACCUCAGGUGGAGGGACUCCUAGGGGCUUGGGAGGGGGUUCCGAGGCAGCCGCCUCGCCACCCACAGGCGAACAGCACAGUAACCAGCUUCCAGAGGUACCACGAGGCCCUGAAUACACCCUUUGAGCUGAACCUGUCAGAAGAACCCGGGAACCAGGGGUUGAGGCGAGUGGUCAUUGACGGCAGCAGCGUGGCCAUGGUGCAUGGCCUCCAGCACUUCUUCUCCUGCCGGGGCAUUGCCAUGGCAGUGCAGUACUUCUGGAACCGGGGACACCGAGAGGUCACUGUGUUUGUACCCACCUGGCAGCUUAAGAAGAACCGGAGGGUGAGAGAGAGCCACUUUCUGACGAAGCUACACUCCCUCAAGAUGCUUUCAAUCACCCCCUCUCAGCUCGAGAACGGCAAGAAGAUCACUACCUACGAUUAUAGGUUCAUGGUAAAGCUGGCGGAAGAGACAGAUGGCAUCAUCGUCACCAACGAGCAGCUCCACGUCCUGAUGAAUAAUUCCAAGAAACUUAUGGUCAAAGAUCGCCUGCUGCCCUUCACUUUUGCGGGGAAUCUCUUCAUGGUGCCCGACGAUCCUCUGGGCCGUGAUGGCCCCACCCUGGAUGAGUUUCUGAAGAAGCCAAACAGGUUGGACACUGACAUUGGCAACUUCCUGAAGGUGUGGAAGGCCCUUCCUCCCAGCUCUGCCAGUGUCUCUGAGCUGAGUGAGGAGGCUGACCCUGGGCCCCCGGAGAGCCUGCAGAAUGUGGAGGAAGUCAGGGAGGAGAAGGAGGAGAGGCAGGGAGAAGAGCAGGAGAUGCAGAAGCCGGCCGAGAAGGAGGAGGACCUGGACUCUUCACUGAUGUCCGUGUUCAGGGCUGAGUGCUCUUCCCUCUCAGAGGAAAUACUCCGGUGCCUCAGCCUGCACGGCCCCCAGGAUGAAGCCCUCGACAUCGAUCUCCUGCCGGCGGUACCUUCUCCCUCCCUGGGCAUCCCCUGGGAUGGGAAGGCUCCCUGCCAGCAGGUUCUUGCCCAGCUGGCCCAGCUCACCAUCCCCAGCAACUUCACCGCGCUCUCCUUCUUCGUGGGAUUCAUGGACUCCCACCGGGAUGUCAUCCCUGACUAUGAAGCCCUUGUGGGGCCCCUGCACGGGCUCCUCAAGCAGAAGCCAGACUGGCAGUGGGACUGGGAGCAUGAGAAGGCCUUUCUGGCCCUGAAGCGAGGUCUGGUGUCUGCCCUCUGCCUGACGGCCCCCAACCCCCAGCUGCCCUUCCGCCUGGAGGUGACGGUGAGCCAAGUGGCCCUGACGGCUGUUGUGUACCAGGAGCGCUCAGGGAGAAAGCACCCCGUAGCCUAUACCUCGAAACCCCUCCUCCCCGACGAGGAGAGUGAGGGCCCGCAGUCAGGGGGAGACAGUCCCUAUGCCAUGGCCUGGGCCCUCAAGCAUUUUUCCCGCUGCAUUGGAGACACCCCAGUGGUCCUGGGCCUUUCCUAUGCCUCCCGGACCACUGUGGACCCUGCGGCAGGGGACGGCCACAGGGUUGCCAAAGCAUGGUUGAUCAGAUGGUCCCUCUUGGUACAGGACAAGGGCAAGAGAGCACUGGAAUUGACCCUCCUCCAGGGCCUGCUGGGGGAAAACCGGCUGCUGACUCCUGCGGCUUCCAUGCCUCGCUUUUUCCAGGCUCUGCCUCCUUUCUCCGACCUGUCCACUUUUGUCUGCAUCCAUAUGUCGGGGUAUUGCUUUUACCGGGAGGAUGAGUGGUGUGCUGGCUUCGGUCUCUAUGUUCUAUCUCCCACCAGCCCCCCUGUCUCCCUUUCCUUCUCUUGCUCCCCUUACACCCCAACCUAUGCCCACCUGGCGGCCGUGGCCUGUGGCCUGGAGCGCUUUGGCCAGUCCCACCUGCCCGUGGUUUUCCUCACGCACUGCAACUGGAUCUUCAGCCUCCUCUGGGAGCUCCUUCCCCUCUGGAGGGCUCGGGGCUUCCUCUCCUCCGACGGGGCUCCGCUACCUCACCCAAGCCUGCUCUCCUACAUCAUAGCCCUCACCUCCGGCCUCUCAUCCCUUCCGUUUAUCUACCGAACCUCCUACCGGGGCUCCCUGUUUGCUGUGACGGUGGACACCCUGGCCAAGCAGGGGGCCCAGGGGGGCGGCCAGUGGUGGAAUUUGCCAAACGAUGUGCCAGUCCCUGUGGUGUCUCCCCGUACCACGGGCAAGAGGCCCAACUUGCUGGCAUUACAGCUGAGCGACGGCACCCUGGCUGAUACAAUUGCCAAGCUGCAGGCCGGGCAGAAAUUAUCCAGCUCCUCACCCUUCAGUUCUGCCUUUAACUCCCUCAGCCUCGACAAAGAGAGCGGCCUGCUUAUGUUCAAGGGAGACAAGAGGCCCCGGGUCUGGGUAGUCCCGAGGCAGCUCCGGAGGGAUCUGAUUUUUGCUGUGCACGACCUCCCCAUGGGGGCCCACCAGAGGCCCGAGGAGACCUACAAGAAGCUGCGGUUGCUGGGAUGGUGGCCGGGCAUGCAGGAGCACGUGAGAGAUUACUGUAGGAGCUGCUUGUUCUGUAUCCCCCGGAAUCUCAUAGGCAGUGAGUUGAAGGUUAUUGAGUCCCUGUGGCCCCUCAGGUCCACCGCCCCCUGGUCCAACCUGCAGAUAGAGGUGGUGGGCCCAGUCACUGUCAGCGAGGAGGGCCACAAGCACGUGCUGAUUGUGGCUGACCCCAACACCAGGUGGGUAGAGGCAUUCCCGCUGAAGCCCUACACACACAUGGCUGUGGCCCAGGUGCUGCUUCAGCACUUGUUCGCGAGGUGGGGUGUUCCGGUGAGGCUGGAGGCCGCCCAGGGCCCCCAGUUUGCCCGCCAUGUCCUGGUAAGCUGUGGGCUGGCCCUGGGAGCCCAGGUGGCCUCCUUGAGUAGGGACCUCCAGUUCCCCUGCCUGACGAGCUCCGGGGCCUACUGGGAAUUCAAGAGGGCCCUCAAGGAGUUCAUCUUCCUGCAUGGCAAGAAGUGGGCGGCUUCCCUGCCCUUGCUGCACUUGGCCUUCAGGGCCUCCUGCAGCCAGGCCACGCCGUUCCAGAUCCUGACGGGGGGCGAGGAGAGGCUGACCGAGCCCCUGUGGUGGGAGAUGAGCAGUGCAAACAUCGAAGGGCUCAAGAUGGAUGUCUUCCUGCUACAGCUGAUGGGGGAGCUGCUGGAGCUCCACUGGAGGGUGGCUGAGAAGACGAGUGAAAAGGCUGAGAAUAGGCGUUUCAAGCGGGAGAGCCAGGAGAAGGAGUGGAAUGUGGGUGACCAGGUCCUCUUGCUGUCCCUCCCCAGGAACGGCAGCAGUGCCAAGUGGGUGGGUCCCUUCUAUAUCGGGGACCGGCUGAGCUUGUCCCUCUACAGGGUCUGGGGCUUCCCCACCCCAGAGAAGCUUGGGUGCAUCUAUCCUAGCAGUCUGAUGAAGACCUUUGCCAAGAGUGGCACCCCGCUGUCCUUCAAGGUCUUGGAGCAGUGAGCUGGAGCUGUGGGGGAGUCCCCCGCCCCAGGGUCCUGGGCUUCUGCUGCUAGGCCUCCCCUUAACCCCAGCAAUGCUCUCACAGCCCCCUGAGGGCCCUUCAUUGUGCCUUUUGUAGAGAAGUUACUUCAUAAAGCUUUGCUGAACUGCCUUGAACUGGGGACCAGCGUCCCUAUGGAAACAUGCCCAGUAUGGGGUAUUGGGAGAAUCUGCUAAAGGCUGUCAGAUGUGGGCCUCUGACAAUUUUACCCUGGCAGGUAUCCCUUCCUGGGGCAGGCCAGGUUCAAUGUCUCUCCCCAAGUGAAAGUGUACAUAUACACACGUAGCCCAGAAUCUUAUUUCUGGCUGUCUUUACCAUGAAACAGUGUGGCUCUGGACCUCAGAAUCGAAACCACAUUCCCCUCUCAAACAGAAACCUCGAUUGUGGGCUCCUCCCCCGAUUGUUGUCCCUGACUGGGGACCCUUUGCCCUUGAAUCUGUCACAGCUGACCCAAAUCCAUGCGGGCUGUGGAGAGGCAGCCCGUCCCUUAUCUCAUGGUUCACUUUCUCAGGCCAGGCUAGGCCUGCCCAGCUGUUAAGGAAAGGCUGGCAGUCCUGGGCCUCGAGGCUCGGAACUGGGUUGGGAGGACGGCCGGCCAGCCAUCCUGUAGGUGCAUCCU